CGGAGCUUUGGUCACAUAGCCCCCUUCUCUGCCCUGUAAGAAGCCCUGAGCAGAACGCCAGCAUGCUCUCUGCGGCCAGAACGCUGACAGUCCUCCUCCUUCUCCUUGAUGUUGGGGCCGCUCAAGUGUUAGCAACAGGCAAGCCUGCUAGAGCUGAAACUGAUAUCAAAUACGCCAUCAUCGGGACUGCUGUGGGCAUCGCCAUAUCGGCCGGCUUCCUGGCCCUGAAGUUCUGCCUGGUCAGGAAGCACAUGUUUGAUGACGAUUCCUCUGACCUGAGAAGCGCAAAUGCGGGCUUCAGCGAGACCAUUGCACUAAAGAAGAGAACUGCGAGGUUAAACCUCAAUUUCUCCGAAAGAAAUGCACAUGUGAUUGAGCUCUGAGUGAGCAGCCUCUUCAGGAGGGCACUCUGGACAGCUGCUCAUUGGAGACAGCUUGAAUUUGAGCAUCCAAAGCUGGUGAUGGACCUUCACACGGAACUCAAAAUACAGAGCAAACAAACUUACAGAAUCUACAGCACCUCUGUCCUGAAAGAAAACAGCACUUCUCUUCUGCAAGGAGCUGGCUGCCUAAAGGGACGUAAGAGCACUCUUUCGAGCAGUAAGAAAGUUUGGGAGUCGAUACACGCUCACUGCCUGUCCUUGUUUCCAGUGUCAGAGUUGUUCACGCCUCAUGAUGACAUUGUGUCCGUGGAUCCUACCAGUAGCAAGCGGCUCAUGGAAUGAGAACUGAACUCAAGACACAGCUUCUUUAGCACCACAGUCUACCAAGGGGUGAGCAGCCUUGUCUAAAACUGUUGGCCUCAACUUCUUCGCUGUCAGAAGAAUCCAUCUGUCAACAUUCAAGGGAACUGAAAAGUGAAAACCUUGGGGCAGGCUCCAUUUCUAUAAAUGACUGGGAGACCUUCCUAAAGAAGAAAUGUAGGCUGGGCUGGAGUGGGAGGAAGGGGUCUGACAGCUGUGGAAUGGCCCCUCAGCUCUGCAGCUUUCAAAUGAUGGUACCAAGAAAGGAUGAAAAGAGAAAGCAGCUGCCAUGGCUUGUAGUGAGCUAUACCAAAGCAAGGGAUUAUUGUUAUGCUUAUAGGAUUGUUUGUGGUGACUAUGACAAUGUCCAUACCUUAUCAUGGAGGACACAGCUGGAAAAGACAUAAAGCCAAGGCUGCAUGACGCAGGCCCCAUUCACAUUUCUCUCCCCUUAAUAUUACCCCUGGGUUUCUGGGCUGCAUUAAGGAAUACGCUUUGCUUUUUCAUUCAGUAGAAAUCCAGGUGGCUACAUGGACUGGGUCUCCUUAGAUUAGGUUACUCACCUUGUGUGUGGUAAAAGAUGAGUUAUGUUUCGAAACAAAGCGCUGUGUUGUAAUAAUUUGCCUGAAAUCCCAGGGCAUCUUUUAUCUGACUUGAUAACAAUGCAGUUCAUUAGCAGCCUUGGUUAACUGAUAACCUAAAGCGGUAAUGCGAUACUCAUAAGCAAUUUUCUGUGUGUUAGAAUAAACCAUCUUGUAAGGUA